GUUACACCCAACACUGGUUUAAACAAAAUGACGUGGAUAUUAUAUAAUCCUGAAUGGGUGUAACACCAGACCAGUCAGGCUAGUCUAUAACGUUAGUUACAUCGCAGCUGGAUACAUUUCAUACGGAUGAAAAAACAUUUCAAGAAUUAGUGAAGAACAGUGAGAGACUCAAACCUCUGCAGAUCUGAAGAUGACAUCCAAGAAAGUUAUCGAGAUUUUUUACGAUGUGGUUUCUCCCUACUCCUGGCUUGCCUUUGAGGUCAUGUGCCGCUACAGAAACGUGUGGAAUAUAAAUAUCAAAUUCCAACCUAUAUUUUUGGGAGGCAUCAUGCAAGGAUCAGGCAACAAGUCCCCUAGUCUGGUUCCAAACAAAUUCCUGUACAUGAGCAAGGAUCUGACCCGCUUGUCAGAUUAUUUUGAUGUUCCCCUUCGAUCUCCAUCAGACCCCUAUGAGGCCAUGUUCAAAAAAGGCUCUUUGAAUGCAAUGCGAUUUGUGACAGCUGUACAAGAGAAGGGGAAGGGUGGAGAUCAGUGGGUGGAGCGGGUGUCCAGGGAGCUGUGGAGAAGGAUCUGGAACGAGGCCAAAGACAUCACUGAGCCUGCAUCACUGUCCGAGGCAGGCAGGAAAGCAGGAAUGUCAGAGAGCGACAUUAAGGAAUUACUGGAGCUGUCCAACUCAAAGGAGAUCAAAAACAAGCUGAAAAGCUCAACCCAAAAUGCCCUUGAUUAUGGGGCAUUUGGCUCACCUCUGAUGGUGUGUCACUUAAAUGGAAAUCCAGAGAUAUUCUUUGGAUCUGACAGAUUUGAGCUCAUGGCCCACUGCAUUGGUGAGAAGUGGCUGGGACCUCUGCCUGACAAAUCAGCUGCAAAGCUAUGAGAUACACAGACACGUCGGGACAUAUUUGCUGUGCACACAUAUUCUUUUAUCAAUUGUGUAUUUUAUUUUUCAAAUUUCAUAUUUCUGUGCCUUCGGAAAAUAGGAAGUGUUUCUCUAAUAGAAUCUAAAAUGUAAGUAAUUUAACUUAUCUAAGUACUAUAAAUUAUUUCAGAUUAAAAAGAACGUUCAAUCAAUCCAUCAAUUAGUAUGUAAAGUGCAGAAUCACCAUGAAGCAUUGACAACUGCCAGAUGAUUUCAUUUUCUCUUGAAAUACAAGCCUUUCAAAAAGGA